ACAUGACCUAACUAAAAAUAUAGAGAUGGUUCGUUGCGACGUCAGAUUGAUAGCCUCACAAAUCAUAACAGUCAAUCUUUAGGUAGGAAAGGAUGAUCAACUAAUAGGAAAAGUAAUCAAAACAUUCAACUCUAAUCAUCUUCUACUAACAAACUACUUUUUGUUCCACUACCUUUACUUAACUGUCAUCUGCUUCACUGUCACUCAUAAGGAGAGGACAAAGGAGGAAGACAAAAAGAGAGGAAAGAAAAAAAUGUGGUUGUUCGGAAGAAAAGGGCCAUCUGGGUUUUCUAGAUCUUCAACGGCUGAAGAAGUUACUCAUGGAAUUGAUGGUUCGGGUCUUACUGCCAUUGUUACAGGAGCAUCAAGUGGCAUUGGUGCUGAAACCUCACGUGUCCUUGCAUUACGUGGUGUACAUGUUGUCAUGGGUGUUAGGAAUAUGGAAGCUGGCAGAGAGGUCAAAAAUAAAAUAGUUCAGGAAAUUCCUAGUGCUAAAGUUGAUGCUAUGGAGUUGGAUUUGAGCUCAAUGACGUCCGUAAGAAAAUUCGCAUCAGAGUAUAAUUCGUCCAAGCUUCCACUUAACCUUUUAAUUAACAAUGCAGGAGUGAUGGCCACACCUUUUAAGCUCUCUAAAGACAAUAUCGAGCUUCAGUUUGCAACAAACCACUUAGGUCAUUUUCUUCUUACACAUCUUCUGUUGGAUACCAUGAAGAGAACAGCGUGUGAAAGUGGUAAAGAGGGAAGGAUCGUAAAUGUGUCAUCAGAAGCUCACCGAUUUGCGUAUUCUGAAGGAGUUCGCUUUGAUAAACUCAACGAUCCAUCAGGGUACAGCAGUUGGCGUGCAUAUGGCCAAUCAAAGCUUGCUAACAUUUUGCAUGCUAAUGAGCUGACUAAGCGUUUCAAGGAGGACGGUGUUCAAAUAACAGCAAAUUCUCUUCAUCCAGGGGCAAUUAAUACAAACCUCUUCCGCUAUAAUAGCUGGAUGGACGGUAUGACUAAAAAAGUUGGCAAGUUUGUCCUGAAAAGUGUCCCACAGGGAGCUGCAACAACUUGUUAUGUUGCUAUGCAUCCACAGUUGAAGCAAAUCAGUGGUGAAUAUUUCAGUGACUGUAACGUUGCCAAGCCUACCUCACAAGCUCGAGAUGCUUCUUUGGCUGAAAGACUCUGGGAGUUUAGCAUGAAUCUGAUCAAGACUUGAUGAUUUUUCUUUGCUAUACAUGAUCUUUGAUCAAAACAUACAAACAACACCAGGGAAAUUGUGUGCUCAUUGAAGCUUGAUGAACGAGUUGAGCUUGUGAUAUUUAGAUUUCCUACAUGUUGAAGACUACUCAUUUCCUGCUAUGAACAGAAUUGUUUUAGUUGAGAUGUACGAGUUAGCUCAAAUUCCCUGGGGAAUGGGAUUGUAAUGCACUCAAAGCCUGCAAUAAUAUUUCCUUGUCCGUUCGAAUAAACAAAAAAUUUGAAAUGAUGCAUCCAUGUAUGCGACAUAUCUUGAUCAGCAAAUACUUUACUCCGUUGUCCCUUCG